AUGGAAACAUUACUAGGAGUGAAAAUCGGCUGCCUGUUUGCCCUGCUGGCUCUCACCAUGGUCUGUGGCCUAAUUCCCAUCUGCUUCAAAUGGUUCCAGAUUCAUGCAGCCACAGGUCGUCAUCACCGGGUCCUCAGCCUCCUGGGCUGUACUUCUGCAGGUGUUUUUCUGGGAGCAGGUUUCAUGCAUAUGAUUGCUGAAGCUCUGGAGGGAAUUAAAUCAGAGAUGCAGAGCCUCAUGAUACAGAACAGGACAGAAAAUGAGGGAAAUUCUGAUGAUGCUGAUCCAGCUCAGAUGGAGUAUCCCUAUGGAGAGCUCAUUAUCUCCCUGGGCUUCUUCUUGGUCUUCUUUAUGGAGUCACUGGCAUUGCAGUGCUGCCCUGGGGCUACUGGACGAUCAGCAGUGCAAGAGGAGCAGUGGCAUGGGGUUCAUGCCUUUGGACUCCAUAGCCAUGGACAUGUACCCUCACCCUCACUGGGGCCCCUUCGAGCCCUUGUCCUCUUGCUCUCCCUCUCCUUUCAUUCAGUGUUUGAAGGUCUAGCUGUGGGCCUGCAGCCAACAGUGGCAGCUACCUUGCAGCUCUGUCUUGCUGUCCUGGCUCACAAGGGGCUCGUGGUGUUUGGUGUAGGACUGCGGCUGAUACAGAUAGGCACCAGACCACGAUGGGCUGUGUUCUCCAUACUGGCAUUAGCUCUCAUGUCACCGGUGGGCCUAGCUCUAGGUCUGGCUGUGGCUAGAGGGGACCCUGACGGAGGACAAGGCUUAGCCCAAGCAGUGUUAGAGGGAGUGGCAGCUGGCACCUUCCUGUAUGUCACCUUCCUAGAAAUUCUGCCCCGGGAAUUAGCUGCUCCCGAGGCCCCUCUGGCCAAGUGGGGCUGUUUCAUUGCUGGUUUCACCUUCAUGGCCUUUAUUGCCAUGUGGGCAUGA